AUGGAUCUUGCACGUUAUUUCAGUUUACGACGGAAGACUACCGGCAGUCACAACAGUACUCACGCAGCGCAUGGGAAAGACAGGACUUACCUGCCCCUCCUUGCAAGUCCGAUCAACGAAGAUGUCCUCGAAGUAGUGUCGGGUAACUCUUCAGAUUUGGAGAAGGUCAACACCCACACAAGCACGCUCGACAGUUCGAACGACACGGCUACAUUUGCUGGGAAUGGCAGGACAAGUCGCGGAAAUAUCAUCGUUUACAAACAACACACCGAAGCCAGUACGAUCGAGCUCUUCUACGAUCUCUUCUUUGUUGCCAAUCUUGCGUACUUUACAGCUAUGCAUCAGCAUACCGAUGCAGAAUCACUCAUCAACUACAUCAAGCUGUUCACGCUUAUGUGGUUUACGUGGCUGAGCGUCACACUUUUCGACGUGCGCUUCAGCAUCGACUGCGUCUGGAACCGUUUUCACAAAGCCAUACAGUUCGGCAUCUUCACAGGCUUUGUGUAUGCCGGCCCCGUUUUCGACAAGUACAGCACCAGCGGUGUCGAGAAAUCCUACCGGAAUUUUGCUAUCGUGCUCGUCAUCGGCAGAAUCGCAAUCGCUGUUCAAUACGCCGUAGUUAUGUGGCAAGGUCGCAUGUUCCGCCAGACAUUGAUUCCGUUAGGGCUCAGUGCAGGUGUACAUGCUGCUGCAGCGAUAUGCUAUGCCGUUACCAUGGUUGUAUUUCCCAAGGGCCGUGUUGGUCUUGAGGAACAACUCGCAUGGGUCAUGAUAUCCAUCAUUGAAGGUCUUCUCAUCUUUCUCAUCGCCAUGAUUUGGCGCAUCAUCAGUUUCAAGUACACUCAUCUAGCGGAGCGGCUGCAACUCCUUACACUCAUCAUCAUUGGGGAGGGUAUCAUCGGAAUGGUCAAGAGCGUGGCAUGUAUUACCAAAAGCCAAACGAGCAACAACAUGAGUGAGAUUGGAACUGUCAUCGCGGCCAUUCUUCUCUUGUAUCUUCUCUGGAUGCUGUACUUCGAUCAGCUUUCCCAUGAUCGUUUCGGAACCGUGCGUCAGCAAGUAUGGGCUCUACUACACUAUCCAUUGCAUUCAGCAAUUCUCCUCUGCGUCGAAGGCAACACCUCUCUCAUCGUGUGGAACUCAGCCGUGCAAGCUCUUAAGUGGAUUUGGUCGUUCAAACCCGAGAACUACUACGACCCAGCCAAUGGCUACUCCGACACCGACAGCUACAUCGACUACCUCAAUCAGAGCAUGAACGCUAUCAACGGGAGAUUCAAGAGCAAAGCUUGGAACACUACAUACAACUGGAACACGAACUUCACUGCGAUCGAGAAUUACACUGCAAUGUACGGCUUCAAAUCAAACGAAUGGAACAAUCGAACCGGCAACGUUGUCCGUCACAUGUUCGACAGGGCGCAAGUCUUCGUGUACGAGGCACAUUAUGACUCUCUUGCGAAGCUCAACGCCGUUGCCGCGACUACAGCUAGUCCGCGGAACAAGCUAGAUGCUGUUUCCGAUGUCUUCAACACCACUACCAUGCAGUUCUUCAUCGGCGCAGGCUGUCUGCUGUUGGUGCUUGCGAUCAUGUACUGGUUCAACAAGAUCCACAAGACGAAGUAUGAGUUCGGCGAGAUCAUCAACAGAGUUGUUGUCGGCUUUACGCUUAUCAUCCUGGGAAUCUCUGUCGUCAUUGCGGACAAGACCACCAGUGGUUUCAAGUUCAAGGGGAGUCAUUGGAUGAUUCCCAUAGUGGUGCUGUUCUUUGCUACAGUACUGUUUUUUGAUAACAUUUUACUUGUCGUCGCACAAUACACCAGCCGCCAUCCACGUCACUCGCACAACCGCGAUAUCUCAUGGGGUAACAGGACCCUGAACAACGACAGCGACGACAACGAAACUGGUGGUCUCAUAUCAAAAUACCCCAGCCGCGCACCAAGCCCUGGCGGCACACCCAAAGGCGCGCCUCGCAGCCGAAGCCACACACCAACACCUCCCUUGAACAGAGUUCAAACCGCGUACACGCCAUUCGCAGACUCGCCGCCUCAGCUCCGCGACUUUGUCACAGGUCCAUCAAACGGCAAAGCUAGGAUGCUAAGUCACAGUCCUGGCCCAGCGGUUGACAGGGAAGCCACACUCCAAGACGAAGGCAACCACGCAGGGCAUGGCCGCGGCAGGGCCAACACGGCUGACUUCUCGUACGAAAACACGCCUACCAGUGCUUUACCCAGGAAUCAAGGGCUAGGCAUUGGUAUCACGGUUCAGCGAGCCAGUACACCCAGCUCGUACGGUAACAAUCACCAGAAUAGUGACCUGAGAGAGAAGGCUACUUGGAAGAGCUUGGGCGUCAUGACUGAAAAUGAUUAUGAAGGGAGGGGAUAUGGUGAUGCUGGAUUGCAGCAACCAAUGCGUGCAAGGGCUGUUAGCUUCGAGAAUCAUGGGCCUGGCGCUUGA